AUGUUGAUUCGUCUCUUGGCAUUGGCGAGUGUGGCUCCCUCCUUAAUGGUCCACAGCCAUUCUACUGGACAUAAUGCAUCUACACUGGAGGAGCUGUAUGGGCCGUGGGUCUCAGCAGCGACAGAAAUUGCGUCUUCUACAGAGUCAGACUUUUCUAGGGUUGUUGGGCUUCGAUGGUCAGCUUGGGAAGCUCCGCAUUGGUCUGGGGCGAUUAAACCUGCAACAGAAAAAGAUCUACAGAAAGUCAUCUCAGGUUUCAACUUCAGUGGCAAACAAGAUCCCUUUAUUGCAACUAAUGGUGGCCAUGGUCCGAAGACUGGCCAAGGCAAGUUCACUGGUAUCAAUGUGAAUCUUGCCAACUUCAAUACUGUGAGCAUUGAUACUACCAAUAACUUAGUCACUCUUGGAGCUGGCGUCAAACUUUGGGAUGUCCAAAGGGGGUUGUACGAUGUCGGGAAAGAAAUCCAAACUGGUAACUCCAUCUGCCCGGGUGCUAUCGGGGUAACCAUUGGUGCUGGAAUUGGAAUGAUGACAGGCAUGUACGGCCUUAUGAUCGACACACUCAAAUCUGUCCGCGUGGUAACUGCGAAGGGCCACGUCGUCAAGGCCUCAGCAACUGAAAACAGUGAUCUUUUCUGGGCAGUUCGAGGAGCUGGCGUCAAUUUUGGAAUCGCCACAGAAGCAACCUACGGAAUUCACGACCAAACCAAUAACGGCAACGUAACGGCCGUCAACUUCAUCUUCACCGCAGCAUCCAAUCGCACAGUUUGGGAGACAUUGAAGAAGUUCGACGGUAAUCAGCCAGCGAAGUUGUCAUUCCAGGCGGUCAUCAAAUUUGACCGAACCUCUAACUCACCGAUUAUCAUCGUCCAGGUUUGGUACUUUGGACCUUUGACAGAGGCACAGCCUUAUUUAGAUAUAUUUGCUGCUGCGGUCCCUGCUACGACAUCAUCGUCAUAUCUUCCCCAGACUGAUUUAUAUUACCAGUCUGAGACAGCAGGAGUCUGUGAUAGGGGAAACAUCAUCAGUGCAAAUACCUUGGGAUUUAAUCAGACUGAUGUCUCAAGUUAUGAGGCUCAUUUUGCGGAUCUAGUGGCUUUUUACAAGGCGAAUCCGUCUUUUGAGGGAGAGUCUGUCUUUCAGUAUUAUAGUAACGAUGUCACUCGUCAGACACCGCAGUCUGAAACUGCCUUCCCAUGGCGUGAUAUUCAAGUUUGGUGGCUCACGCAAAACAAAUAUACUAACGCGUCGAUCGGACCCAAGGUCGAUCAUCUCAUGAGAGGACAACGCACUAACCUUCAGAAGACAAGUGGUUUCCCUACACCUCAUGUAUACUUUAACUAUGCCUUUGGGGAUGAAGGAGCAGCUGCUUGGUACUCUGCUGCUAAUUUGCCCAAGCUUCGCAAGCUUAAGGCUAAAUGGGACCCCGACUUUGUGUUUGGAAAUGGGGCACCUCUUUACUAG